CUGCCCUCUGCUCGGGGACUUCAUUCUCCUCAUCCGUGGACCCGGUGCCUUCACCUCCUUCUGGCUUUUGCUCCCCUCCCCCUACUCCGGUCCUUCCUCCUUUCGCCGGAAAGACAGGACGGACGCCAGUGUGAGCAUGGCUGUGACUUUGGAAGAAGCUCCGUGGCUGGGCUGGAUCUUGGUGAAAGCCCUGAUGAGGUUUGCCUUCAUGGUCGCCAACAACCUGGUUGCUAUUUCAUCCUACAUCUGCUAUGUAAUUAUACUUCAGCCCCUUCGACUGCUGGACAGUAAGCGGUUCUGGUAUAUUGAAGGAAUCAUGUAUAAAUGGCUUUUAGGAAUGGUGGCUUCUUGGGGAUGGUAUGCUGGAUAUACAGUGAUGGAAUGGGGGGACGAUAUUAAAGCCGUUUCACAAGAUGAAGCAGUGAUGUUGGUGAAUCAUCAGGCAACGGGGGACGUUUGCACUCUGAUGAUGUGCCUCCAGGACAAAGGCCUGGUUGUUGCUCAAAUGAUGUGGUUGAUGGAUCAUAUUUUUAAGUACACAAACUUUGGAAUUGUUUCUCUAAUUCACGGAGACUUCUUUAUAAGACAGGGAAAAUCUCAUCGUGACCAGCAGCUUCUUCUUCUCAAAAAGCACCUAGAAAAGAAUUACAGGAGCAGAGACCGAAAAUGGAUUGUUUUGUUUCCAGAAGGGGGCUUCCUCAGGAAGAGGCGAGAAACAAGUCAAGCGUUUGCCAAAAAAAAUAACUUGCCAUUUCUUACACAUGUCACUCUGCCAAGGAUUGGGGCAACAAACAUUAUCUUGAGUGCGCUUGUAGCACGACAGGAAAAUGGAAGUCCAGCAGGAGGAGAUGCUAAAGAAUUAGGUAGCAAAUCGAAAGGCCUCCAGUGGAUAAUAGAUACAACUAUAGCUUACCCCAAAGCUGAACCCAUAGAUAUUCAGACCUGGAUCCUCGGGUACAGGAAACCAACCAUCACACAUGUACAUUACAGGAUCUUUCCAAUUAAAGAUGUACCCCUGGAGACGGAUGGCCUUGCUGAUUGGCUCUACCAACGUUUUAUUGAAAAAGAAGAACUCUUAUCCCAUUUUUACGAAACAGGAGCUUUUCCACCUCCCAAGGGCCAUAAGGAAGCUGUUUCCCGGGAGAUGACCCUCAGCAAUAUGUGGAUAUUUCUCAUACAGUCUUUCGCAUUUUUGUCAGGCUACAUGUGGUAUAACAUCAUCCAGUAUUUUUACCAUUGCCUGUUCUAGGAAUUGACUUGGACUUGUCAAGGUCACCAUAGGAGUUCAUACUUUCAUAAGUGUGCAUUAUUUUACAUGUGCAAAUCAGAAUAUAAAAAAAAAUAAGCAAAGGAAAUUCAAUGGAUGGAUUAAUAUUUAUCCCCCUUUGGGAUAUUUUAAAACUCUACUAAAAUGAGGAUCAGUAAUAUAAUGACCUGCUAAUAUGUUUUAAGGACCUUUCAUGUUUUAAAAAGAUACACUCUACCACACACUUAAGCAAACACCACAUUUGGAGAAGACGAAAUCAUAAACUCAUCGAAGAAGACCGUCUGAGAGAAACUCCGUUGCCACCAGACGUACUUGAUGACCUAGUUCCAGCUCAGAGAGUUGUAUUUGUUCCUCUUAGCUAGUAGUCUCUAUCCGGGCAGAGCUGUAGAGCGCCCUCAUUUCCACCAACUCUGGCUGUGUGUCUGGGAGCCUGGAGGGGAGCUGGGCGGCGCCCUCAAGAAUUGUUCCCCUGCGGUUCACAGUGACACUCCGGUGUCUGGCACGGCACGCCCGUGGGGGAGAAGCAGUGUCCACUGGACAUGUUCCGGUACUAGAAUGUGUUCCUAAAAAGGCUAGCUCAGUCCAACAUCAUGUUUACAUGCGCUAGUGCUUUCCCUUAAAUGAGGGGGGGGUCACUUGAUUUCUCUUUUCAUAUAGAGGCAUAUCAUAGACUGAUAAUUGUCUUUUACCAAAUGCACUUUUAUCAGAUGCAUAUAUAGCAAAGGAUUAGUAAUAUAGCCUGAAAACAAACGUCAGCAUAAUCAGUGAAUGGGAUUCUUAGAGGCUGUCUCCUCUCUGCGUGGGUACCGGGGUGCCCCCUGCACGGAGCGCCCACAAGAGCCUCCCAUCGGCUCA